UGCAAAAUCUUAUUAUUCUUUACCCAUCAUCAUCUCGCAAGUGUAACUCGCUUGUGAGUAUUACUUUUUCCUAUAAGGUAAAGUGGGAUAAAGCCAUUUCCUCCUCUAUCAAAUAGGCGAUACGAUGUGUACAGUGUCAUGUGCAUGUGCAAAAGUAGGAGGAUUUGUAAAACAAAGACGGGGUUCAACUUUUUGUGUACUUCAAUGACGUCUCAUUAUGAUUCUAUCAGCAAACAAAGUGCGAUGAUGAUGAUGCAGCAGGCUGAAAGAGAGGAGGCUUUUGCGGAAUAAUAAUUACUCAUGAAUUUUGCAGAUAAUUUGUAACGUUACCAACGACGAGAAUGGCGACGACGACAAAAUUUGAUCCUCAGUAUCAACACCAAAUGAAAAAAAAUUACCCCAAAAGGUCCCACGACCCAAAUUUGCAAUAAUCUAUGUACUAACCACUUUACAACUGGACCUAACUGACCACCUGAAAAUGAACGUUGAGAAUGGAACAGUUCAAAUGUCUCCGGAAGAGAGUGGCACAAUCUUCGCAGUUGAAGACGAGUCGUGUUCCGAUGGCGAUAUGGACAAUGAAGAAUAUGCCUAUGAUCAAGAAGAGUUUGACGUCGAUUUUCAAGGACAAGGCGACCACGAGACACUACCAUCCAUAAAAUUCUCUGCAGAUUCAUUAACCAAUUCAGAAGUCGAGCAAGAUAUGGAUGACUUGAUAGAAAAAGUGAAGCAGUUUGUCCCACCGGAAGUAAGCUUGGACACUGUGAAACUUGUCUUGGAUCAGAACGGGUGGGAUUUCGAAAAGUCAAUCACAACUUUGUCCAACGACGAGAAUGGUGUGGAAGGAUACUGUUCUAAAACGCAUAUUCCUUUUCCGAAGGGAAUCAAUAGUUCUCCACCUCUUGUGGCUGAAAGCAUUUGCAGAAUAUGUGCAUCGCCCUGCAAGGAGUAUCACCCGCACGGUGACUGUGAUUCCGUGGUUUGCCUCCCUUGUUGGAAGAACUGGAUACGAACCAGUGUCAUGGACGAUGGGAGAACUUGCAUCACUUGCCCAGUGUGCCCCAUGUUUCUAGAGGAUCGUCUCAUCAAAGAGUUAGCAGCGGACGGUAAAGUCGUCAAGCGUUUAACUGCUAACAGUAACAGAAAAUUCAUCCAGAUUUCAAAAAAUUACGCCUCAUGUCCUGCACCAGCCUGCCAAUUCAUUUUUCGAUCAAAACUACCCCUAAAAUCGUACUCCGGAUGGAAGCCAGCUCUCUGUCAGUGUGGGGGCUGGGCGUGCCUGGAAUGUCUUUCUCUAUGGCAUGGACCCAUGUCCUGUGAAAGUUUGAAAAUUUGGUUGGGGCUCAACGGUAAUAACGAUCUGCUGACCAACCAGUGGAUUAAGGCCAAUUCGAAGCCGUGUCCAAAAUGCAGCACUAAUAUCGAGAAAACGGGAGGAUGCAAUUGGAUGCGUUGUACGAACCCUGGCUGUGGGUACAACUUUUGCUGGAUUUGUUUACAAAAGGCCCACGACCAUACCCAAGGGGACACCUGCAGCCGGUUCGUUAGCACACAACCACCUCCAGUUCCCGGGGAAGUCGUAAAUGCUAGAUUUCGUCAAGAACGCUACGAUUUUUAUAGCGAACGCUACCACAACAUGAUCACAGGUGGACGUUUCAAUCAUAUUCAAGGUUUUCAUAUCGACCAAGCACGAACAGCUUUCCAGCAAAAUUCCACACCUGAGACUGAUCUCAAGCUAUUGGAAGACUUGCCAGCCUUGUUGAAACAAUCAAAACUCACAUUAGGAUAUGCCUACGGACUCAUCUACUUAUUAGAGAACACUGCCGAGAGAUCCUUUUUUGAGGACAGUUUGGCAUUUCUGCAAACAAAGGUCGAUGGGUUGGAAUGGUAUCUCCAGUAUCAAAUUCAAAUAGAAUCACCCAAACAGAUUAGGGAUUUUCUGUGGCAAAACAUGAAAUUUUGUCGCGAUCGGAUCAGCGUCAUGAACACUACGUCUGAAAGUAACUACAAAAAUGGAAAGUGGGAGUUUGACCCUGUCAUCAUCUCGCACAAAACAGCAAAAUAGUCAGUCGGCAAAACACUACACUUCAAAAAUGACAAAUCAGAUGAACUUGGAAAUUCACGCAAUAAAUAAUCACUCACAAUUAGAUAAAUGGAAUAUUUAAGAAACCCGUCAAAUUGUGUUCAUAAUAAUUUCGUAUCUUUAAUUCAGUAAAUAUCGGUUCAAUUUGGUUUCACAAUUUCACUGGUAAAUAACUUAAUAAGUGGUACAAUUCUUCUCUAAUCGAAAAACUCUCCCAUUUCAGGUUGGGUUUUCAUAUCAUAAAAUAAAAUCAUAAAAUGGUAACUCUCAUCGUCCCUUUGAUUUAAAUAUAUAACAAUAUAUUAAGCUUUUCAAUACUAAAGCUCUCUUUACGAUCCGAUAAGCGUCCGUUGAGCAAUAAAAUACUUAAAAUAAUAUAAAUAAUUACUCAUAACAUCAUCAUCGCCAGCGAAUAUUGUACAAUAAUGCGUGCUACGCUUUUGGAGUGCGUGUAAUCUACUCCAUAGAAUAAGAGAUAUACUACAUAUUCAUACUUACGUCUCAGUCUACAGUCAUCGUUAUAAGAUAAAAUUUCGAGAUUUUAAUAGAGAACAAAUACCCACGAAAAAAAAUUAAAUAAUGUAAAUGCUUAAAAUUCAUAUCCUAAU